AUGAUUCCCGUUCCGCGUUUUGUCAUUCUUCGCCUCAUUCGAAUCCAUGAAUAUCUCAUUCAAAAUUACCUAAAAAUCCUCCUCUUCAGCGCAUUGGCCAUCGCCAUCACCGGCAUGCUCCAGUGGAUCUCGCUGAAUCAACCAAAUUUCCUCGUACGCCUUAACGACAACCUGAAAGAAUUCCCCUUGGGCGUCACCUUCGGAAUCCUAACCGUGGUUCUGAUUGCCACCCUGCUCCUGUACGCCCUGCACUUGGAAUCGGUGGAAAAAUCGCACUUCCGUUCCCGCAACGUCAUCCGAACCCGGUACGUCGACUUCAUUGUGCUGUGCCUGUGCGCUCAAGUGAACGACGCAACCGAGCGACUCCUCGGCCAGAGCACCGUCACCCAGGACCAGCUGGACGCCAUGCAUGCCGAAAUCGAAGACUGCAUGGAACGGUUUCGCGAAAGUGCGCGCAAAUUGCUCAACGCCCCUCCGAUGGCCAACCUCCAGGAGUUGGAAAACUACUUCCGGUUGACCCAACCCGGCUGCCCGGUCGGGGAGGAGAUUCUGAAAUUGAAAAGAAGCUCUAAGCCGUUGCUUUCGGAACAGGCCAUCAAAGAACUGCUCAGCUAGUGAAGGAAGCCUUGAACCAGCAUACCUAAAUUCGAGCCAAUUAAGAGAUUAUCAAACAGAGAGAAGCUUUCA